AUGGAGGCAAACUACAUAGUGACAGUCCCCGGGGUGUGGUCGGACAAAGUGGAAUAUACUACACUCCGUGAGACAUGUCUGGCACACAUCCUCCAGUCGCACUUGUUUAUGCUAGCAAAGGUGGAAGAAACUGCUGUCUGCGCUAUCCGUACUAUACAGCCAAAUGACCUGGCCGAUAUCAAAAUCAAAAGACAAUCUCACACGGACCAGGAGGAAUAG